AAGGACGGGAAGCAUAGCGCGGGUAAAACAACCAUAAAAGUUGUGGGAUGGAUUUGGUUUUGUUUUACUAUGUGCUUAUAUUGGUUGCGUGUAUUCCUAUAAUGUAUCGCAUCCCAAAAGUGCAGUACUAUGUCAGAUUUACUGUAUUCUGCGGAGUGAUUUUAACUGGAUCAUUCUGUUAUGCAAUUCGAUUAGCUUUCAAUGGUAGAUGCUAUGAAAACGCUUGGAGGUUUAUAAAACUUCUGUCCUUCGCUGGGAAGACAGUUGGUCUAAAUCCUGUUAUCGAGAAUGUUGAAGUACUCUCGAAAGAGCCUUGUAUAUUCGUUUGCAAUCACCAGAGUUGCAUUGAUGUAGCAAGCGUUGCUGAUUUGUGGCCACAGCGCUGCACAGUGGUCUCUAAAGCUUCACUCAACUUUAUUGGUCCACUGGGAAUAGUUAUGUGGCUCAGCAACACCAUUUCUAUUGAUCGUUCCCGUCAUAAAGAUGCUAUUUGCGCAAUGCAGAAGGCCGCAGAAGCAGCUAUCAGAGACAAAGUGUCAGUUUUUAUCUUCCCGGAGGGUACAAGAUCUGAUGCCGGUCAUCUCCUACCCUUUAAAAAGGAGCAUUCCAUAUGGCCAUAAAAUGUCAAUUCCCAAUUCAACCUGUUGUCGUUGAACCGUAUGGAAAAUUUUUAGACCAUAAGAAGAAAAUAUUUGAAAGUGCUACAUACAGAGUGAAAGUUUUGCCAAAAAUUGACACUGUGGGGAUGAACGAGUCGCAGGUAGAUCAACUUCUCAACGAAACUCGUGAAAAGAUGGUCGCAGCAUUUGAAAGCAUGAAAGAUUCAACCUUGCACUGAAUAAUUUUUGUUACUACCAUGUUAUUUAUUCCCAUAAUCAAAACUCAAUACGUUUGUUAAACUAUUUUUUGGUUAAACAUGUGUAUAAAGUAGCUAGUCGAUCUGACAAUUCAUCCCUUUUUCACAAAAAUUACUAUUUUGCUAAGAUUUUCCACGCAUAUUUCUUGUAAACUACUUAUCCGAUGAAUUUUUGUGCACAAUAGUGUCUGAACAAUGUUUUCUUAAUUGCUUAAUUAUUUCAAUGAAAAUAAAAACCGAUGAGUUAACAUUUGUA